AUGCCUUCCAAGCUCCUAGGCGAGCAGGAUCAGCUGCACCAGGUGUUUGCCGCCGCGCACCGCUUUGAAGGCGCUGUCGCUGCCCUGUCAAGCACGACGCUGGCUGGCCUGCUCAAGGCAGGCGGCGCCAAGGCGUGCGGUAGCGGCGGGCAGGGCAGCGUGUCGUGCCUGCAGCUGCCAGGUGUGAGCCUGCCGCUGGCGAUCAAGGCGUGCAACGAGCCCACCAAGUACAAGGACUUCCUGAGGGAGUGCGACGUGUGGAGCUCCUGGGCGGCCGCCUGUCCCCAGUACGUGAUACCCCUGCUGGCCGCGCAGUACGUGCGCCGCAAGCCCGGCUCCUCGCGCGGGUGCUCGUAUUUCGCCAUGCCCGCCUGCAGCAAGGGCAGGUGCCUGUCCAUGACAUUGACCACAAUGCACAGGUUGCGGCAGGAGGCCGGCGGCGUCUUUUCUGUAGACAAGCUGGCCUUUGUCCAGCGCGUGCUGGGGUUCUUGGUGGUUGCCCUCGAUGCUGCCCACCAACACGGCAUAGUCUGGGCCGACCUCAAGCCUCCCAACAUAAUGCUGGGGAGGGAUGGCGAGCCACAGAUCAUUGACUUUGGGUCUGCCAGCCGCGUGCCCGCCGAGGGCCUGCGCCACACACCGAUGCAGUCCAAGGGCUACCGCGCCCCCGAGUGCGGCAAGAAGAAGGGCGGCUUCAUGGGCUGUGCCAUUGACAUGUGGGCGCUGGGCUGCGUGGGGGUGGAGAUGGUGCUGGGCUUUGACACCUUUUUCUCUUUUGUAGGCAAGCACGAUGUGCUUUCAGUCGACAAGGCCGCAGCUGCUGAGUGGCCGUCGAGCGCACCCGCCACCCUGCAUGCCCUUGUGUUUGACUGCCUGCUGGUGCACGACCCUGUGCAGCGCGCCUCGGCCGCCCGGAUCAUGCAGCACCCCUACUUUGAGGGGCUCGACUGGGAGGCCGUCCGCAGCGGCGCCGCCUGGGCGCGAUGA